AUGCGGAGAUCCGCGCCGGUAUUUCAAGCCCUUUUGGUUUUCCUAACAAUAAUUGAGACCCAAUGGUCCAGCGUAUCCGGCAUGUACUGCGCGGACAUGGCAUCGACUGUCUACCGUCCUCAUAGUGUCACCAUAACUGAGUUUGGCGCUAUCGGGGAUGGCGUGACUCUCAACACCAAAGCAUUCCAGAAUGCAAUCUUCUACCUCAAUUCAUUUGCGGACAAGGGCGGCGCACAGCUCUUUGUGCCUGCUGGAAGGUGGCUGACAGGGGGUUUUAAUCUCAUUAGCCAUCUCACCUUAUCAUUGGACAAGGAUGCAGUUAUAAUUGGAUCUCCGCACUCAUCUGAUUGGCCUGUUAUAGACCCUCUUCCAUCCUAUGGGCGCGGUAGAGAGCUCCCCGGAGGAAGGCACCAGAGCUUAAUUUUUGGCUCCCAUUUGACAGAUGUAAUAAUUACUGGUGCUAAUGGGACAAUUGAUGGUCAAGGAGCCAUUUGGUGGGAUUGGUUCCAUAACAACACACUGAACUAUACUAGGCCGCAUCUUGUCGAGUUGAUGUACUCCUCCAAUGUUGUUAUAUCCAAUUUGACUUUCAAGAACUCCCCGUUCUGGAAUAUCCAUCCUGUAUAUUGCAGUCAGGUUAUUGUCGAGCAUGUCACAAUCCUAGCACCAUUGGAUUCACCAAACACUGAUGGCAUUAAUCCAGAUUCAUCCACAAAUGUUUGCAUCAGUCACUGUUAUGUCAGAAACGGAGACGAUGUGAUUGUCAUCAAAAGUGGUUGGGAUGAGUACGGCAUUUCUUUUGCUCGGCCUAGCUCCAACAUCAGCAUCAGCAACAUCACAGGGGAGACAGGUGGCGGUGCAGGAAUUGCCAUUGGAAGUGAGAUGUCAGGUGGCAUAUCUGAAGUCCGGGCUGAAGGCCUCCGCAUUGUGAACUCAUUGCAUGGAAUCAGAAUCAAGACCGCUCCAGGACGUGGAGGGUAUGUAAGGAACGUCUACAUAGCUAACGUCAGCAUGCACAAUGUUUCGAUGGCCAUAAGGAUCAAUGGAAACUACGGCGAACAUCCUGAUAACAAUUAUGACAGGAAUGCUCUCCCCAUUAUAAGCAACAUCACAAUUGAGAACGUUGUUGGCGUUGAUGUUGGUGUUGCUGGCAUCUUGGAGGGCAUUGAGGGCGACAACUUCAGCAGCAUAUGCAUCUCGAAUGUCUCCCUCAGCGUACGAUCCAGGCAUCCGUGGAAUUGUUCGCUUGUCCAGGGCUAUUCAAACUCUGUGACUCCAGAGUCGUGCGAGCAACUCAGAACAGAUUGUGAAGAGACGUCGAUCUGCUAUGACGGUGGCAGUUCUUUAGUCGUUGGUUCAAGGGCAUCCAUACAUAAUAAGCCUAGUGCCAACAUAUUACUAAAUUCAUUAUUGCAGUUGGUGUCGCUGUAA